AUGGAGGCGCCGGGGAGCAUCCUGGAGAAGAGUAGGGAGCUGAGCGAAAUUUUGAUCAAGUCCUUCAAAAAUGAAGUGGGCAGCGUGACUUACCUAAACGAGUGCAGAAAUAGAGAUUGCUCAGAAUUUUACGGAGCUUUUUAUUUGGUAUACUCAGACCUGAUCGAUAAGGAAAAGAAUUUAAGCCUUUUCAAGGACCACCUGGUGUUCCUCUCCUUCUGUUACAUGAAUAAAUUAUUAUCAAAACACUACCAUGGGUACCCACAAGAAAGUAAAGUAAGCAUCAGGAACAGUUUUAUUAACAUCCUGUUUUCUCUGCCCAUAAAUUUCAAUCAUGAGUUGGAUGGAAACACACUACAUCUGAAGGAGAAGUCCGUAGAAGCAGUGAAGAAAAGAUUUGCCGAUGUUUUUAUGAACCCAACUAAUUUGUUGAUGAGAGACUACUUGAACGAGAGGGAUAAUUAUCUGAUUCGAUUUUAUAUAAACUCAACGAAGAAUAAGUUCGCUCAGAUUUUUAGCAUUCUCUGUCUGAAGAAUGAGUAUUUUUACUUUAGGUAUUUGUACAAUUUUUUGCUUUUCUUCGUGAGGGAGUUUCUGUCUCGACGCUUGUCCCAGCCCGGCGGGAGCGGCGGGGGGAGCGGCGGCGGGAGCAGCGGUGGGAUUGGCGGUGUUGGCGGUGGGAGCGGCAGCGUUGGCGGUGGGAGCGGCAGUGUUGGCGGUGUUGGCAGCGGAAACGAUGGCGGGUACUUCUCCACCGUGCUGCACAUCUGCCUGAACUUCCUGAGGGAGGUGUUCUACACCAUCAGCAACGAGAGCAGCAGCAACGUCCAGAACAGGCAGCACUUGAACGUUUUCAGGACACUCAUAAUAAACGAGUCCAAUGAGUUGUUCGAGUUUCUUUCCAUCUGUUUUUACGACAGCCUCAGUUGUAGGAGGAGGGGGCAGUUCGAGUUGCUCAUCGAAUGUGUGAAGGAGCUCUUCUUCUUCUUUCCUGCCCACCUGUUCUUCAACCACCGGGGGGGCAGCAACUCCCCGCUGAAGUUCCUCUUAAAUUUGCUCCUUUUGCGCUUCGCGGGGGGGGGGAGCGGCAUGGGAAGCGGCGUGAUAAGCGGCGGAGUGGGAAGCGGAGUGGGACGCGACGGCGAGGGAGGGGAGCACCCCCCCCUGUCGCCGAACCAAUUCAGCGUGCUGUACAGCAACUACCUCCCCGUGAGCGAACUCAGCUGUGUGUCGCCCAGCGUGCAGUCCUUCCUAGCAAAACUGGAGCUGGAGGAACACCUCCUCCUGAUCUUCCUCAACAUCGUCGAAUACAUUUCUAAAAUAAACAGCAAGACGUUUAUCCAGCUGGACGAAAGAGAGUUAAUGCAUUUUCUUGAAAGCUACUUCAACAUAAAUCUCAACAUCUUCGACGUGACUAGCUACUCCUAUCAGAAGCUCUACAUCCGUAUGAUACUAAAUUUAUCGUCUAUCCCCAUCUCAAGUUACCUGCACGAUAAAGACAACAAAAAGAAAUGCCUGCACAUGUACAUAAUUAAUGUGUUCAAAAAUAUUUACCACCCAGAUGUAGAGAUUCUAGCCAAUGUGCUAGCCAUUUGCAAAAAUGUAUUUGAACACAACAGAGAGUUGAUUUACAUAAAGAAUAGGGAUACUGAAUUAGCUAGUCAGGUAUUUAACAUCCACAGGAUAGACAGAGAUAGUAUGCUAGAUCAAAAUAACGAGAAGUUAUUCAAUCAGGGGAUACAGUUUGUUGUUAAUAUGGAAGACUUGAAAAAACUCUUUAUGUUAUUAUUCGUUCGUUUUAUGAAAAUACCGUUGUACUCUGAUCGGAACUGCUUGAAUAAACAAAUGAUGAUAAAUUUUGUGAGUAAUUUUAUUCAUGAGUAUAAUGAGCAGUGGUUUGAGACUUACUUCCGUUACGUUCGGGAGGAGUGUAUGGAGGGAGAUGAAGGGGAGGUGGGUGGGAGUACUUCCAAUCAAGGUGGACGUAGUGACAACACGAAAAAUUUUUUAAAGCAUAAGAUUUUCUCCCUUUUUCGUGUUCUGGUGGGACUUAACCAUGAAGUGUUCACUAUCAUGGUUGAAGUUUUUUGUGAGUUUUUCCGAUUUUACAAGAACAUCAAUGUUGUGAAUUUAUGCAAUGAAUCGAUGAAGGAGUGCAAAGCGGUGGUGACUGAUGGAGAUACAGAAGUGAACGAGGAAGUUAUCUCUUUUCAGCUUCUACCCCCUGGAGAGAAGGAGACCUACUUACAAGGGAUAAUGUACUUGAGGGAUUCCCUAUCGAAGCGAAUUAUCGGAAAAAGUGGAUACGAAGCAACAGAGAUGGAUAGGAAAAUGCAACAGGCGGUCACUUGGAAGGGACUAGAAACGAAUUGGGACCGUUCCGAUCGGGGAGAAGAAUACAUAGAGGAGUUAAAGAAGAGGAAGGAAAGGAUCGACCUACAGAUACACAUAAUAAAGUGCAUUCAGAAGUAUGGAGGUUCUCCCUAUUAUGAAAUUAGCCCAGAAUGUAUCAAUAAUCUGCUAAGUUGCUAUAAGGAAAUUUUGAAUGGAGAUUUCAUCGACAUGUGCACGGUGUCGCCCAGCUUUCUCCUUUUCGAAGUGAAGAGACUGCAGUUCCUCUCCGAGAGCACCUACCUGCUGCACUACAAUAAGCAGUGCGCCUUUUACAUGAUGGAGAACUUGCUGCGAAACAUCGUCCAGGGGGAGGCGCCAGGGGGAGCGGCCUCGUCAGGGUUGGCAGCCUCGUCAGGGUUAGCGGCCUCGUCAGGGGUGGCGGCCUCGUCAGGGUUAGCGGCCUCGUCAGGGUUGGCGGCCUCGUCAGGGUUGGCAUCCUCUCCAGGGUUAGCCUCCUCGCCAGGGAUAGCCUCCUCGCCAGGGGUGGCGGCCGGCCGACCCGACGCCAACACCUCGGUGGAGCUAAAAAAAAAUUACUUCGCCAUCUUCACGUCCAUCAUCUCAAACUUGAAGCAUCUAGUGACCAACGACAUGCUGGAGAAAAUGCUAAGCACCUUCCUCGAGUUUAAGACGAGUACCACUCUCUUUAAGUGUAACAAAGAACUGUGCAUAUUUUUACUGACUCUCAUUUCUGUGUUGAAGGCAGAUGACCUGAAUGAUAAGGUGAUCAUAUCGUACUUGAAACUGGUCCUGGAGGAGCUGUUUGUAUUCCUUGGCGAUGUUGGUAAGAGCGUGCCAUCAUUUGAGAGCUUAUAUGAGUUUCUGUUUGGGGACGAGAGGAAAUUGGAGAUAGGAUAUACCCUCUUCGAUGUGCUCAAGGUUGCGCAGACGUACUUCUCCGUGUUUUCCUUCGCCAAGGUGGAACCUCGUCUUCGCUCAGUUGGCGGCGUUGGCUCAGUUGGCGGCGUUGGCGGCGUUGGCGCAGUUGGCGGCGUUGUAGCAGUUGGCGCAGUUGGCGGCGUUGUAGCAGUUGGCGAAGCUGGCCGAAGUGACGAAGCUGGCGUGGUUGGCGGGGAGAUGCUGGAGAACGUGCGGCUGGUGGAGAAUAACGCCUUCCUGCAAAUCAGUUUGGAGUUCUUCGCGAGGGUGAUGCUUGUGUACCCGGGGCUGAACGAGAUGCUGAGAAACUGCAGAUCGUUUGAGGCCCACCCCAUGCUGUGCGCAGAGGUGAGUUACUUCCACCUGAGUGCGAGGGAGCGCGAGAUAGCGAGUUUGUGCACACGGGGGGGCAUUAGCGGUGUUGGCGGCGUUGGCGGAGUUGGCGGUGUUGGCGAAGUUGGCGGCGUUGGCGGCAUUAGGGGGGUUGGGGGGCCCCCCCCCACGAGGGGAGGUGGGAAGAAGUUCAACCUGACGAUGAAGUCGCUGCACGAAAACGUGUGCAGCGUGGUGAAGCGGUUCAUCACCGAAGGGUAUAUAUUUAUGUACAAUGAUGCGGAGAAGCUGUUCCUAGAGGUGCUAUCCCCCGCAUUCGACUACGGCCCGUACCACUUCAUGACUCAAAACGUGGAGCAGGUGUACCUCUGUCUGAGCGAGAAGCUAAGGCAGCAGCUUGGAGAGAGAACCCUAACAGAGUUAGGAGCCAAAUGGUGUGAACAAAUAUUCGCACAGUUUGUAUUAAAGCAUUACAGUUAUUUUAAGAACAACUUCGAGCAUAUUAAGACAGUAAAUGAACAGCUGAAGAGACAAGCAGAUAUGAAAGAGGAGGAGUAUGUCAUGUAUGGUGACCUACUGUAUGAUAGUAAGCAAUAUAUUUUUACCUUUUUAAAAACAUGCAAGAACGCGUUUACAAUUCCAAACGAAUUCAAGAAUAAUCGAGGUGGUAGAUCCUUUUUCUGUCGUUUUUAUCGCGAUGACAAAAAUGAAACGCUGAACACAUUGCUUGUAAUUUUGGAGUUACUCAUUCAUGGUUACGAUUGUAACAUCGUGAAAAGGACGCUAAGUUUAUUUCUGGAUAUUUCAGAUUCGAUUCUGUUGCUUCCUUUUGAGUCUCCUCAUUUUAUGAUAUACCUGGGGAUUCUGAAAAUUAUUUUGCGAUCCUUCUUGUUGUUCAACCCGCCCAUAUUGACUCUGCAGCAGAGGGGGAAGGAUGGAGGUCAGGUCUUUAACAAUACGAGUCUGUUGAAGCGAUACGAAGAGAAUGGAGGUAGGGGGAGAGGAGGAGAUGAUGGUCGCACCCAUGGGGACCUCUAUAAUGACUCCGUCGAUGUCUACACAGGAGAGAUGAACCUUUUUGUAAAGAACGAUCCACAAGAGUUAACCUCAUACCUACAUGUCAUCCCUUCUGCUUUUAUUAAAAUUUGCAAGAAUUACUUCUCCUUGCAAGCGAAGGUGUACCGACUGAAGGAGAGUGGAGACAACACUUCCUUAGAUCAGUUGCUCCAGUUGGACAGUGUAAAGCACUUUGUUUUUCUCUUCAAGGAUGUGGAGGGCUCCUCCUCGUUUGAUUUCCGCACCAUCGUUGCUGACUUGUUCCGGCAGAACAACUGCGACUAUUUGAGGGGCGCGCUCGUGCAGUGCCGCCUCCGCGCCCAGGGGGGAGCCAUGAGUGGUGUGCCAUGA